AUGGCAACUGAUAAGAAACAGAAUGAAAGCCAAAUCAAGCUUGGUUCGGACGACGAGCUGAACCUGUAUCUCAGCCCAGCCACAGCCCGAUUUCUCAAGAAUGUAUCAAAGGCAAUCCUUCGAGAUCCGGGACUACCAAGACCAAAUCCAACUGUCUCAGCUUGGCAGGUUCCUCCUCACCCGUCUCUGGCCUCGAUACAGUCGAGAGACCUUCCAAAGUUUACUGAUUUUGCGGUAAUUGGCUCCGGCAUUACUGGUUGCAGUGUCACAAAGACACUCCUGGAACACCCAUCUACAGUCAACUCACGUGUAACGGUGCUUGAGGCCCGCACUCUUGUGAGUGGAGCAACAGGACGCAAUGGGGGGCAUCUUGUCACAGCAUCUGGGCAUACGUUCGGUCCUCUAGCUGAACAAUAUGGAAUUGAAGCAGCAAAGGAGAUCACUCGCUUUAGCAUCAUGAAUAUUGAUCAUUUGAUGAAACUGGUCAGAGAGUUCGAUCCUUCUUUGCAAGAAGAGUGCCAGAUACGAGAUGUCCUAAAAGUCAUGGCAGUUGGAGACGACGAGACAUGGGCUUCUGCGAAGAGCUCCGUUCUGAGUUUCCAGGACAAAGUGCCAGAGUACAGCGCUUAUCACAGUAUAAUUGAAAGAGACCAGGUUCCAGAGAGAUGGAAUAUCAAGAAUGCAUCUGGGGCUGUUGAACAUGAAGCUGGUGCAAUUUGGCCUUACCGACUGCUGACUGGUAUUUAUCAACGCCUGUUAGACAACUACUCUGGUCGACUGAGUAUUGAGACCAACACGCCAGUCACUCGCGUUGAGUUCUCUAAGGGACUAUAUCCAUACACCAUCACUACCCCAAGGGGGAGCAUCCGAGCGAAAAAGGUCAUCCAUUGUACGAAUGGGCAUGCGGCGCACCUAUUACCCAACUUGACUGGAGGCCUGUAUCCAUUCCGAGGAACAAUGUCAGUUCAAAAGCCGGGACCAUUAUUUCCAAAAUACAAAGGAACUCGAUCUUGGAGCUUAUCUCAUAAGUCAACCCUCGACGUAGAAACUGGCUUCUUCGAUACCGGUCUCUAUUAUUUGCAACAAAAUGCUCUGACGGGGAGUAUUUGGAUAGGGAACGAGACGGCUUAUAUGAAGGAUGUUCUGACUGCAGACGAUACCUAUGUUCCUGAAGAAGCAAGGCAGGCACUUUCUACUGUCCUACCAAAAUUGUUUCUGAAUGGCUGGGGAUCAGAAGCCGUUUCGGAGAUCGAGUCCAUUUGGUCGGGCAUUCAAGGCCACACAGCAGAUGGACUUCCUAUAGUUGGCAGGAUACCGAAGUCUCUGACGGGAACUAUUGGUGACGAUGGACAGUGGAUAGCCGCAGGAUUUAACGGGUACGGGAUGGACAAAUGCUGGCUGACAGGUGAGGCGUUGGUUAAGAUGAUGCUUGGUGAGGAUGUCAGCGGCUGGUUUCCUCGGGCAUUCCUCGUCACAGAAGAACGUCUCCAGACUAAGCUGACAGCCGAUCAAACGUUGCUCAAGUUUGCAAAAAUUGCUCUUCCUGGCGGUGCCAGGGAUGGUAAGUUGUAA